AUGAAAGAAAUGCGUGAAACGAUAACUGGUGAUAGCAAGAAAUUAAAAGAUGAAGGUUAUGUAAAUGAAACAUUAUGGAAACAAGCAACUAAUCUAUUAUUUUGUGCCGGUGGUACUUUGCUUUGUUAUUUUUGGUUUGGAAUCAUUCAAGAAUCAAUAAUAAAGGGUAAAUAUGGUUCUGAUGGAAAUGAACGUUUCACAUACACACAAGCACUGGUAUUUGUACAAUGCGUUGUAAAUACAAUAUUUGCAUAUGUUUUGACAGAUAAAACGAAAGAUAGUGUGCCAACACACACAUAUGCUAUCAUGUCUACUAGCUACUUAUUUGCAAUGAUUACAAGUAAUCAUGCACUACAGUAUAUACCAUAUCCAACGCAGGUCUUGAGUAAAUCAUGUAAACCAAUACCCAUAAUGGUUUUCGGUUUCCUCUUCGCUAAUAAACGAUACCAUUUGAAGAAAUGUUUCUGUGUUUUGAUGAUUGUAUUUGGUGUUGUAUUAUUCCUGUACAAAGAAAAAACGGAUAUAACAUAUGGAAAAUCUGCUUUCAGUUUAGGUUUUGGUGAACUAUUACUGCUGCUAUCGUUGGCAAUGGAUGGUACCACAGGCGCAUUACAGGACAAAAUUCGUCAGCGGCAUAAGGCAAAUGCUCACAGUAUGAUGUAUAAUAUGAACUUAUUUUCUUCGUUAUAUCUUCUAGUCGGUCUGCUUUUAACCGGUGAAUUUCUCGAUUUCAUGAUAUUUGUGCAGUCUUAUCCGAAAAUAAUAAUAGAAUUAUUUGCUCUUGCUGCUGCAAGUGCUCUGGGGCAGUUCUUCAUUUUCAAAACUGUAGCAGAGUUUGGUCCGCUCACUUGUUCAAUUGUAACAACAACACGUAAAUUAUUCACGAUGCUCGGUUCAGUGAUCUUGUUUGGUAAUACGCUAACAGGGAGACAGUCUUUAGCUACCGUCGUUGUAUUUACUGGUUUGCUGUUGGAUGCUAUAGAAAGUAAAAGGAAAGGAUCCAGUGGCAAAUUUUCAAGCCUUAUCGGUACUGUUUACCGUGAUGGCAACGUUACAUUCUCAACUGAUGGUAAUUCAAUUAUCAGUCCAGUUGGUAAUAAAGUCACAGUAUUUGAUCUGAAAAACAACCAUGCAAAUACUAUUGCCACCGAAUCAAAUUUCAAUAUUAAGUUGGUAACUGUUCAUCCAUCCGGAAUGCACGCUUUUCUAGUAAAUGAAGUUGGACAUGCUCAGUAUAUUAAUUUAAUUACACAUACGGUUCUGUAUCGACAUAAUUUUCGAGCUCGUGUUAGUGAUGCCAAGUUUUCGAUGGAUGGAAGGCGAUUAGCUGCUUGUCGAGGUGGUGAUGUACAAGUAUUUCUGGUUGCAGGGAUUGAGAAUUUUCAGCUGAACCCAUUUAUGUUGUUGCAUACUCAUAAAAUCACUGCUGAAAAAGCGAAAAGCGUUGAAUGGAGCUAUGAUGACAGAUUGCUGGUAGUGGGUUCUGAAGACAAGCAAGUGCGUGUGGUUUCACCCGUAGAUGCUCUGAAAAAUUUGUUUUUGCAUGCUUUGGCCGCACAUAAAGCAGAAGUAGUGGGCAGUCAUUUUUGCCACAACUCAUACGAUUUAAUAUCAGUUGAUAAGCGUGGGCUAGCUAAUCACUGGACUUGUGCUCUGAAACAAGAAGAUUUUGUUGAAAGGUUGCAUUCAAAAAAUACUUCUGAAGAUGUGAAGAAAAUGUGGUAUGAUAAAACAAAGAGACAUUUCAUGAUGGAGCAUUUGGAUAAUGCACACGGCGUUAAUCUCACAGCAAGUAGCUUCCAUGCACCAACAUCAAUGUUGAUCACCGCAUUUUCAAAUGGAGCAUUUCUUUUGCAUGAAACACCAAAUUUUAAUCUUAUCUACAGUUUACGGGUGUCGGAAACAAAGGUGUCAUCUCUAGCUGUUAACAAAUCUGGUGACUGGAUAGCAAUAGCAUGUGGAAAAGGAACAGAAGGUCAGUUAGUAGUUUGGGAGUGGCAAAGUGAAACUUACGUUAUGAAACAGCAGUCACAUAGUCAGUCCAUUACAACAGUUGCUUAUUCACCUGAUGGGUCUCAAAUUGCUACCGGUGCUGAAGAUGGAAAGGUGAAAGUUUGGUCUUGCUGGUCUUUGUUUUGUGUUGUAACAUUCACCGAGCAUAGCAGUGGAGUAAGCGCGGUUUGUUGGACUUUUGAUGGUAAAGCUUUAUUGUCAGCAUCACUAGAUGGAACUGUACGAGCACAUGAUCUAAUUAGAUAUCGCAAUUUCCGUACAAUGGUUUGUCCUGAUAAGACUCAGCUUGGCUCUCUAGCAGUUGAUUCGGCUGCCGAACUUGUAAUGGCAAGUUCCAAAGAAAUGUUCACCAUUUAUGUGUGGAGUCUCGAGAAUGGAAAAUUGCUGGAUGUGUUGUCUGGACAUUCAGCUCCAGUUGCUUCUAUUUCUGUUCAUGGUACACAUUUGGCUUCAGUAUCUUGGGAUAAAACUCUUCGUAUAUGGAAUGUUGUUGAAUCAUCUAUAGCAGAAACUAUAGAUUUGCUCUACGAAGGUCUUGAUGUUGCUUAUUCGCCUGGUGGUGAGAUACUUGCUGUAUUAUGCCUUGAUUCGUCAGUGAGUCUUUUCGAGACUCAGACAUCUACGGAGCUUGGUACAAUAGAUACAGCUCUUGAUGUUGAUGCUGCACGCAAAGCCACUGAUCUUAUUAAAAAGAAAACAGGUGAAAAGAGCAGGACAUUUACAUGCAUAUGCUUUUCCGCUGAUGGUACAUUACUUCUUGCUGCUGGCCAAUCGAAUUACAUAUGUUUAUAUAGCGUUGCGGAACGUUUGAUAUUAAAGAAAUUGAAAUUAACAACGAAUCGUAGUUUGGAUGGAGUUAAGAUGGAUAUAAAUCGGCGUAAUUUCUCGGAGUUUGGUAAUAUGAUGUUAAUUGACGCUAGCGAUAGCGAAGAAGAAGCGGAUGGUAAGAAACGUAUAAAACUCCCAGGUACUCGACAUUCAGAUCUUUCUGAGCGAUCCUCUCGACCAGAAAUGCGCGUUGAAGAUAUAAAUUUCUCACCUGCAGGUCGUAGUUUUGCAGUUUGUUCAACAGAAGGUGUUGCUAUAUUCUCCCUCGAUCAUCGUAAUCUUUUCAAUCCUUUUGAACUUGGGAUACAAGUAACUCCAGUUAGUGUUGAAAAUGCAUUAAAAGAAGGAGAAUAUUCGGCAGCACUGAAAAUGGCAUUGCAGUUGAAUCAAUUGGAAAUAAUCGAAAACGUAUUAUUGUGUACACCCGUAGCACAAAUCGAUAUAGCUACGCGUUCUUUGUCUAUUGCUUAUGCGGAGAAAUUACUGAAAUGGCUGGCUGAAAAUAUUAAUGGUUCUAUUGAGAAACAUAUUCAUUUCUGGCAGCUUUGGCUGAAAAGUUUGCUAAUGGAAUAUGGAUAUCAAAUAAAACUUAAUCGAGCUGCUAACUUAACUUCCCUAACCGCCUUACAACAACGUUUAUCCGAUUAUGCAAAUCAAAUAACAAAACUAGUUGAUCAAAAUAAAUAUACAUUGGAUUAUCUACUUAUAGCAAGGCAGAUAAAACGAGAUUAG